AUGGCCUCUGAAUUAGUAGUCUACACCGAUGAGAAUAAAAUGGGCUCUAAAUUAGUAGUCUACACCGAUGAGAAAUGGGUAAUAGAUAUUUGCAAAAACCUAUUACAUGAAGUGGAACAAAACACACAUGAUGAAAUCAUAGUAAGUGUGUCACAAGUCCCCAAAUCUUUAAGAUCCUCAAAUCCAGAAGCUUUCACCCCUCAAUUUGUAGGACUUGGUCCUUAUCACCAUCACAAACCUGAUCUCAUCAUGAAUGAUAAAUUGAAAUUAGGUUCAUCCAAAAGAGCUCUCAAACACCUCUUUAACCACUUUGACACCGAAACACUCCAACUUCGUCUUGAAUCAAUUCUCUCACACUCACAUAUCCAAGCUUUCUACCACAUUGAUGUAGCUUCCAAAUACACUUAUCAAACCCUCCUAUACUUACUCACUAUUGAUGGCUUAUUCUUGUUGGGUUUAUUGCAUAGAGCUUUAACAAUAAAACCUCAACAAGAUCAACAAUGCUCUCACUUCUUAACCGGAAAACAUGGUAUUUCCGUGGUCAACUCUGCUGGUGUAGAGUUGACCAUGAAUUUUAUCGUAAGAGAUGUUUUUAUGCUUGAGAAUCAAAUUCCAACUCAUUUUCUUAAGCAAGUCCACGAAGCCGUUGUCACCAUAACUAGUGAUGAAAUUGAAUCAUCUCUAGAAAGGGAAGCUUAUCAAAAUCUUGGACCAUCCAUGAGGUUAUUUUGUGAAUCACUCUGUCCAUUUGUUCAUGAAUUUCAAGUCAUCAAAAAUCCUGAAGAUCAUGCACAUUUGUUGGAUCUAAUGUAUCAAUUGAUUGUACCAAAUCCUUCUGAUGAUGAACAACCUCCUGAGUCUGAUUUUAAACCCAAACCCAAUUCCGAGCCCGAGCCACAGUCUGAAUCCGAGUCUAAGUCCAAACCACAAUCUAAGCUUGAGUCACAAUCUACACCCAAACCUCCCUCCGAGUCUGAGUCUGAGUCUGAGUCUGAGUCUAAGUCCAAACCUCAAUCUAAUCUUGAGUCAGAAUCUAUGUCCAAGCCUCAACCCGAGUCUGUGACUAAGACCAAAUCCGAAUCUGAAUCUCAAACUCAAUCUAAUGAUAAAAAAGAAACAAGUUUUACAUGUUGUUCUGCUUGCAUCACUUUUCUUGCAGUUUUUGUCGCUAUUUUUAUUAUAAUAGGUUUUAUUAUAAAGUUCAUUUUCACCGUAUUUUUUUGGAUAUUGAAAACUUUAUUUCGUUUCAUUAAAUGGGCAUUACGCCCAUUAGUGAAACUACUCAAUUUCAUUAACCCUUUUGUCGAGGUGAUAUAUGAUUUUUUAUUAAAGAACGAAACUAAAUUUUCCUACGUAAAACCGUGGACAAAAAUCGUCGGAGAAAUUAAGAAAACAAGUGAAAACAUUAUAAAAGAGGAUUACUCAACAAAUUGGGACAACAACAUUUCAAAUGUAACCAUCCCAUCUGUAACAGAACUUCACAAUGCUGAAAUCAAAUUCCAACCAUCAGAUAAAGGUGGAAACGGGCUCUCAUCCAUUGAUUUCGAUGAAAUUAAGUGUCAAUUUAAGUUGCCAAUUAUCAAAUUAGAUGUGAAUUCAGAAGUAAUCAUAAGAAACCUUAUGGCUUAUGAAUCAUUGAUUAAAUCCGAAGGGUUAAUUUUCACAAGGUACAUUGAAUUAAUGAGAGCUUUAAUAAAUUCUACUGAGGAUGUGAAACUAUUGAUUAAUGAGAAAAUCAUUGAAACUGAGAUGAGUUAUGAAGCUGUUGCACAACUUUUUAACGGGUUGUUGGGAAAAUCUAUUAGGCCAAUAAAGGUUCAAAAUUUGGAUCAAGUGAUUAAAAGGGUGAAUGCUAAAUUCAAAAGUUCUCAAGCUCAAAAAAUGGCCAUGAUUAAGUAUAUGUCUUCUUAUGGAAAAAUGUUGACAGGUUUGGCAGCUAUUGUGUUUUUGGUUUUGACUGCCGUGCAAACAUAUUGCUCUGCUUUUGGUUGUGCUGGUAACUCAAAUUAUAAGGGGUCAUCAUCAAUGCAUCAAGAUGGGGAAUAUGUUACAAAUGCUAAUCAUCUUUUUAUGAGUUCAAUGUAA